CUCCGACACAUCAGCUGCAAACUACUGAGACGAAGCUACAGCCAUGACCUCCAUCAUCAACACCACAGCGCUUAACAAAUCCAAGUCGAGGCAGAACAUCCACCAUUUCACAGACGUGCAUGGUCUGCCUUGCAUCGAGAAGAUCGUGAGCUCAGUGGAGGAAAUGCCUGAGUCCAUCAGCACCAACAUCACCGGCACCAUCCCACAGUGGAUCAACGGGAGCUUCUUGAGAAAUGGACCGGGAAAGUUUGAGAUCGGGGAUCACAGGUUCAACCACUGGUUUGACGGCAUGGCUCUCCUCCACCAGUUCAAAAUAUGCAGCGGUCAGGUGACGUACAAAAGCCGCUUCCUGUCCAGUGACAGCUACCAGGCCAACAAGGAGGGCAACCGCAUUGCAGUGUCCGAGUUUGGGACGGUCAACGUGCCAGACCCCUGUAAAAACUUCUUCCUGCGCUUCCUGUCGAGAUUUGAAAUGCCGAAGCCCUCAGAUAAUGCCAAUGUGAGCUUUGUGACCUACAAAGGGGAUUAUUAUGUCAGCACAGAAACCAACGUCAUGCACAAGGUGGAUCCUGAGACGCUGGAGACGAUCGGAAAGGUGAACUGGAGCAAAUUCAUUGCUGUGAACGGAGCCACUGCACAUCCUCACACUGAGCCGGACGGAACGACAUACAACAUGGGAAAUUCCUACACCGUCAAAGGAGCGUACUACAACAUCAUCCGCGUGCCUCCAACCAAGAAAAAGGCCGAGGAGACACUGGAGGGAACCACCGUGCUGUGUUCCAUUCCCUCAGUGGACAAGAGUAAACCUUCAUACUAUCACAGCUUUGCCAUGUCUGAGAACUACGUGGUGUUUAUCGAGCAGCCCAUUAAGAUGGACCUGGUAAAGAUUGUCACGGGGAAGAUGACGGGGAAAAGCAUCAGCGAUGGCUUUUCCUGGGACCCAACCCUCAACACCAUCUUCCACUUGAUUCACAAGAAGACAGGAAAGGUCAGCUCCGUCAAGUAUUUGGCCAAACCACUGUCAACCUUCCACCAGAUCAACGCGUACGAGGAGGACGGCUUCUUGAUCCUGGACAUGUGCGCUUCAGACGAUGGACAGGUCAUCGCGAACUACAACAUCCAGAACCUGCGGAAGUCUGGAGAGGCACUUGAUGAGGUGUACAACACCAUAUGCAGAGCGUUCCCGCGGCGCUUCGUGCUGCCCCUGAAGGUGGACCAUGACACGCCCCAUUACCAGAACCUGAACACCCGCAAACACAGCAUGGCCACUUGUAUCAGAACUGAGAGGAACAAGGUGGUGUGUACCCACGAGGACCUUCACGGAGACGAGCUUCAUGAGUACGGAGGUUUGGAGUUCCCUCAGAUCAACUACGGUCAAUACAACACUCGGCCCUACCGCUACUUCUAUGGCUGUGGCUUCAGACACCUGGUGGGAGACACGCUCAUCAAGAUGGACCUGCACGGGAAACACAUGAAGGUGUGGGAGAAACCUGGUCUCUAUCCCUCUGAGCCAAUCUUCGUACCCGCCCCUCAUGCCACAGAGGAGGACGACGGCGUCGUCCUGUCUGUCGUCAUCACUCCAAACAAGGACAAGAGUACAUUCCUCCUGGUUUUGGAUGCCAAGACGUUUGAGGAGCUGGGCCGAGCUUCGGUGCCUGUCAACAUCCCCUACGGUUUCCAUGGGACAUUCAAUGCUUCUGCAUGAACACAUGACAGGAUGAAAGAUGAUGGAAACGCUUCUCAUGCAAAGUGAAUAUUUGCCUUUUGUUUAUAAGUUGUGUGUUUGUCUAGUUUGGAGUGUUUAAAUCUCUAUACUGGCAUAGUUUGCUUCGAUGGAAAUGUGAAAAAGAAGAGAUAAUUGUUGUUUGUAGAUAUAAUAGCUAUUAAAUGAAGGUGUUAUACUGAUGUUGCACUGUGACACAUAUUUACAUUUACUUAUUUAGCACAUGCUUUUGUCCAAAGGUGAGUUCCCACUGAGGGGAAACACUUGAAGUGUAAGAACACAAAGAGUACAAGGUCUGCUCAGUAAAUUAACAGUAUCUUGUAAAGGGGUGUGGCAAAAAAAAUUAUCUUCAAAAGGUGUAUGAUUCAAUUAGGUUUUUCCCACCACAUGGAAACUACAGACUAGAACAGCCUGGUCUGAAGUGUGAGUGAGACUAAACCAGACACACCACUGCACUAUAUGCAGUAUAUGCCACAGGUGCGGCAUAAACACUGGCCUCACUUACUUAGUUUUGGCCUAACUUCCCAGACAGAGCAAUAUGUUUAUUAAACGCGUAUUAAACGUUUUUUUAAGAUGUUUUUUCUUAAAAUUAUUAUUAUUAUUAUUGUUAUUAUCAUUAAGCUUGAGCAGAUACAGCACUGAGAUGUGCUCUAUGAAUGGAAUAACAUUCCAGGUAUAUUGGAAAUGUUUUUGUAUUUUGUGUCAUAAUUUAACUUUGUGUUAUUGUUGAUAAAGGCACACUAGAUGAGAAGAACAUUUCAAACUGGCUCUCCAUGUCACAAAGAGACAUGGAGAGCCCUGGUCCAGUGUGUAAGAAUUAGUGCCAUCUCAUGGUGAGACCGAGAAGUGCAACAAACGCACUAUUCCUCUGCUCGCCCUAACCAAGAUGUUUUUGGUUUGUAUUUUGAGCUUCCACUUCAAAACAAUGAGGUACAAGAGCAUCUAUGGGGCUUAUUCUAAUGCUACAAAAAUCCAACAACUUAUUUCAAAACAGUUAUACACUAUAUAUAUAUAUACACACCCACAUAUAUAUAUAUAUAUAUAAACCGUUGAAGAGUAAGAGCUGCAUCCAUCACAUGAGACUGGAAUGCACAAAGAUGCUAAAAUGGCAGUCGAUGCACCGGAGCCAGGUUCAUAGGGAAGACAGGAGAAACCGAGUAGAUAACCCUUGACAUAAGCCGGGUCACGGGGCCUGGGUCUCAGCAGUUUGCUGGAUGGUGUUAAUCAGUUGUGGGUCUUGGGGCAAGCAGAUUAGAGUGAGCUGCUUUGGUAGAUUAAAACUUCCCCACAUCUAGAGAUGAGGUCAGUAUAGAGUAGAAAAGGUCUACAGGAUCACUGACCUCACUGAGAGGUCAAAAAGUGAAGGAGGAGCAGAAGCAAUCACUGAGGUGAAGAAGGUGCAACUUAAACUAAUGUCUGGACACACAUACAAAACAAGUCCCAGAGGAAUAAGCUAUGUGAAUUUAAAACAUGAAUUAUAAACAGCUUAAUGAAAAUGUAAGUUUGCUAACUGACAAUAAUUCGAAUAUUGUAAAUAUUCUCUGAAUAAAAAAAAGACUGAUCUUU